AUGAGCCCACUGAAUUCAAAUUCCUUUACUAACGCCACUAUUGUGCGUCCUGAGUUCUUUGUCAUAAGUGGUUUUGCCGGUAUUCCCCACGCAAACUACUACUAUGUGUUCUUGUGCUUCGUUUAUGCUCUGAGUCUACUAGGAAAUACCUUUAUCAUGUUUGUGAUUUACACUGACCACCGUCUCCACAGUCCAAAAUACAUUGCAGUGUUUAAUUUGGCUAUGUCUGACUUGUGUGGAAGCACUACACUUGUUCCUCAGAUGAUUGACACUUUGCUGUUUAAAUUACAUUUAAUCUCCUACGAGGCCUGCUUGACUAACAUGUUUUUUGUUUUUUGGUUUCUCUCUGUGCAGUCUUUCACUCUUGCUGCUCUGUCCUAUGAUAGAUUUGUUGCUAUAUGCUUUCCACUGAGAUACAAUGAGAUUGUGACUAAUAAAUCAAUGUUGGUGAUUACAGCCAUAUUAUGGAUUUUUGCAGGAUUGGCUAUUCUCAUAGGAGUGAUUUUCAUUAGCAGAAUAUCAUUCUGCAAAUCCAUUGUGAUAAAUAGCUUUUUCUGUGAUCACGGGCCCAUACACCUUUUGGCAUGCAAUGACAACACUCCAAGUGCUGUGAUAAACUGGACACAUCCUGUGAUAAUUCUCUGGUUACCAGUACUUUUUAUCACAGGUACAUAUAUUUGUAUAGCCAGAGCAUUAUUUAAAAUUUCAGAAGCCUCUGAGCGCCUCAAAGCCAUGAAGACAUGCACCUCUCAUUUGAUCUUGGUGAGUGUGUUUUAUCUUCCUAUAUGUAUCACCUAUGCAAUGAGCUCCACCAUUCAAUUGAACACCAGAAUAGUUAACAUGUCUCUGGCAACUGUCUUGCCACCAAUGCUGAAUCCAAUCAUUUACUCUCUGAAGACAGAAGAAUUCACAGAAUCCAUUAAAAAGCGAUACAGAAGAAACAAGUUUCACAUCGCUGUAAGGAAUAAAUAAAUGUGUUAAUCAUAAAUGACUGACUACAAGUUUGACUAUGUUCAUUUUUUAAACAAUGCACUCAACUGAAUUGUAAGAGCUAUUAACUAAUUAAAUACAAUAAAUUAGAACAACACAUACUUAUGAGCAUAUAGAGUAUUUGGGGAUUCAGGCCUGGUGUUUCUUCUGUUUGCUUCAUUUCUGUUGCCUUACUGAUCUUCACAUGUCCUUGUGAGGUCUCUAAAAACCACUAUACAAAUUAAAUUGAAUUGAAAUUGAAAUUGAGCAACCGCUGCCUGCACUUUGAGAUGGAUCUGCCCAGUGGCACAGAACAGUGGUGGGCCACUGAGCUGAAGAACUAUCAGCUUGCUCUUAAGUAUAGCCAAGGUAAUGUGAAUCCUGAAUAGUGGACGGUGGACCAGUGAGCCUGGUGCAGGGGGAUAAAUCC